CGGGUGCGUCGAGCUCGCCGCGAACCCAAGAUGGCGGUGUGUGGACGUGUACGGAGGAUGUUCCGCUUGUCGGCGGCGUUGCAGCUGCUGCUGCUAGUGGCAGCAGGGGUCCAGAAUAGCCACGGUCAGGGCCAGGGUCCGGGGGUCAACUUUGGGCCCUUCGCAGGGCAAGCUGGAGGCGGCAACCCGGUCGGGCAGCAGCCACCUCAGCUGCCUCAGUUAUCGCAGCAGCAGCAGCAGCAGCAGCCGCCGCCUCAGCAGCAGCAGCCUUUCCCGGCGGGCGGGCUCCCGGCCCGGCGGGGCGGAGCAGGGCCCGGUGGGACUGGCGGAGGCUGGAAGCUGGCGGAGGAAGAGUCCUGCAGAGAGGACGUGACCCGUGUGUGCCCCAAACACACCUGGAGCAACAACCUGGCGGUGCUCGAGUGCCUGCAGGACGUGAGGGAGCCUGAGAAUGAGAUUUCUUCAGACUGCAAUCAUUUGUUGUGGAAUUACAAGCUGAACCUGACUACUGAUCCCAAAUUUGAAUCUGUGGCCAGGGAAGUUUGCAAGUCAACUAUUUCAGAGAUUAAAGAGUGUGCUGAAGAACCAGUUGGAAAAGGUUACAUGGUUUCCUGCUUGGUGGAUCACCGAGGCAACAUCACUGAAUACCAGUGUCAUCAAUACAUUACCAAAAUGACAGCCAUCAUUUUUAGUGAUUAUCGUUUGAUCUGUGGCUUCAUGGAUGACUGCAAAAAUGACAUCAACCUCUUGAAAUGUGGCAGCAUUCGCCUUGGGGAAAAGGAUGCACAUUCACAAGGUGAGGUGGUAUCAUGUUUGGAAAAAGGCCUGGUGAAAGAGGCAGAAGAGAAAGAGCCCAAGAUUCAAGUCUCAGAACUCUGCAAGAAAGCCAUUCUUAGGGUGGCUGAGCUGUCCUCGGAUGACUUUCAUUUAGACCGGCAUUUGUAUUUUGCUUGCAGAGAUGAUCGGGAGCGCUUUUGUGAGAAUACACAAGCUGGUGAAGGAAGAGUGUAUAAAUGCCUUUUUAACCAUAAAUUUGAAGAAUCCAUGAGUGAAAAGUGUAGAGAAGCACUAACUACACGGCAGAAGCUCAUUGCCCAGGAUUAUAAAGUCAGCUAUUCAUUGGCCAAGUCCUGUAAGAGUGACUUGAAAAAAUACCGAUGUAAUGUGGAAAACCUUCCUCGCUCCCGAGAGGCCAGGCUCUCCUACCUUCUGAUGUGCCUGGAGUCAGCCGUGCACAGAGGGCGACAAGUGAGCAGUGAGUGCCAAGGUGAGAUGCUGGAUUACCGACGCAUGCUGAUGGAAGACUUCUCUCUGAGCCCCGAGAUCAUCCUGAGCUGUCGAGGGGAGAUCGAACACCACUGUUCUGGAUUACAUCGGAAAGGACGCACCCUCCACUGUCUGAUGAAAGUAGUCCGGGGUGAAAAGGGGAGCCUUGGAAUGAACUGCCAGCAGGCGCUUCAGACACUGAUUCAGGAGACUGACCCUGGCGCAGACUACCGCAUUGAUCGAGCUUUGAAUGAAGCUUGUGAAUCUGUAAUACAGACAGCCUGCAAACAUAUACGAUCCGGAGACCCAAUGAUUCUUUCAUGUCUGAUGGAACAUUUAUACACAGAGAAAAUGGUGGAAGACUGUGAACACCGUCUCUUAGAGCUACAGUAUUUUAUCUCUCGGGAUUGGAAGUUGGACCCUGUUUUAUACCGGAAAUGCCAGGGAGAUGCUUCCCGUCUUUGCCACACCCAUGGUUGGAAUGAGACCAGUGAACUUAUGCCUCCCGGAGCUGUGUUUUCUUGCCUGUAUAGACAUGCCUACCGCACAGAAGAGCAAGGACGGAGGCUCUCACGAGAAUGCCGAGCUGAAGUCCAGAGGAUCCUACACCAGCGUGCCAUGGAUGUUAAGCUGGAUCCUGCCCUCCAGGACAAGUGCCUGAUAGAUCUAGGAAAGUGGUGCAGUGAGAAGACAGAGACUGGUCAGGAGCUUGAGUGCCUUCAGGACCAUCUGGAUGACUUAGCUGUGGAAUGCAGAGACAUAGUGGGCAACCUCACGGAGUUAGAGUCUGAGGACAUACAAAUAGAAGCUUUGCUGAUGAGAGCCUGUGAGCCUAUAAUUCACAACUUUUGCCACGAUGUGGCAGACAACCAGAUUGACUCUGGGGACCUAAUGGAGUGUCUGAUCCAGAACAAGCACCAGAAGGACAUGAAUGAGAAGUGCGCCAUUGGCGUCACUCACUUCCAGCUGGUCCAAAUGAAGGAUUUUCGAUUCUCUUACAAGUUCAAAAUGGCCUGCAAGGAGGAUGUGUUAAAACUUUGCCCCAACAUAAAAAAGAAGGUGGAUGUGGUGAUCUGCCUGAGCACCACCGUGCGCAACGACACUCUGCAGGAGGCCAAGGAGCACCGGGUGUCUCUCAAGUGCCGCAAGCAGCUCCGUGUGGAGGAGCUGGAGAUGACAGAGGACAUCCGUUUGGAACCAGAUCUGUAUGAAGCCUGCAAGAGUGACAUCAAGAACUACUGUUCUACAGUGCAAUAUGGAAAUGCUCAGAUUAUUGAAUGUCUAAAAGAAAACAAGAAGCAACUGAGUACCCGUUGUCACCAGAGAGUAUUUAAGCUGCAGGAGACAGAGAUGAUGGACCCAGAACUAGACUAUACACUCAUGAGAGUCUGCAAGCAGAUGAUUAAGCGGUUCUGUCCAGAAGCAGAUUCUAAAACUAUGUUACAGUGUUUGAAACAAAACAAGAACAGUGAAUUGAUGGACCCCAAGUGCAAACAGAUGAUCACCAAGCGUCAGAUCACCCAGAACACAGAUUACCGUUUAAACCCCGUGCUAAGGAAGGCCUGUAAAGCUGACAUUCCUAAAUUCUGUCAUGGCAUCCUGACCAAGGCCAAGGAUGAUUCAGAGCUAGAAGGCCAAGUUAUCUCAUGCCUCAAGCUGAGAUACGCUGACCAGCGCCUGUCUUCAGACUGUGAGGAUCAGAUCCGUAUCAUCAUCCAAGAGUCUGCGCUAGAUUACCGCCUAGACCCUCAGCUCCAGCUGCACUGCUCAGACGAGAUUGCUAAUUUAUGUGCUGAAGAAGCAGCAGCCCAGGAACAGACAGGCCAAGUGGAAGAGUGCCUAAAGGUCAACCUGCUCAAGAUCAGGACAGAGCUGUGUAAAAAGAGUGUUACAAACACAGAUUGGAUACAUUUCUUCUACAAAGCUCCCCACAAUGAACUUCCCUUUCAGGAAGUGUUGAACAUGUUGAAGGAAAGCAAAGCAGACAUCUUUGUGGAUCCAGUUCUUCACACAGCGUGUGCCUUGGACAUUAAACACCACUGUGCAGCCAUCACCCCCGGCCGUGGGCGUCAGAUGUCCUGCCUGAUGGAGGCCUUGGAAGACAAGCGCGUGAGGUUGCAGCCCGAGUGCAAAAAGCGCCUGAAUGACCGAAUCGAGAUGUGGAGUUAUGCAGCCAAGGUGGCCCCAGCGGACGGCUUCUCUGAUCUUGCCAUGCAAGUGAUGACAUCCCCAUCAAAGAAUUACAUCCUGUCUGUGAUCAGCGGGAGCAUCUGCAUAUUGUUCCUGAUUGGCCUGAUGUGUGGACGGAUCACUAAGAGGGUGACACGAGAGCUGAAGGACAGGUAGAGCUGCCUGACCACCAGAGGAGCCUCCUGCCAGGCCCGCCCGCCUGUACAGCCGUCCUGUGUAGUGUACCCUCUCACUUCGCCCUUCUAACGGUGGCACCAGCACCCACAGUAGAGCAGCAUCAGGUGCCCACUGCAUCUUCCCAUCCAGACUUGGCCAUGUCCUCGGUGUCCUCCUCCUCCCAGCUGCCCUUGCAGCGGCGGCAGCUGGCUGCUUUGGUGGUAGCUUUUGUUGGCGAAGGUUUACCUGCCUGUAGACAAUUCUGUCACACCAACAGAACUGCUGGUACUUCAGAACCGACUCACCUGACCUGCAACUCAAAUUUUUUUUUUAAAAACAGAAAACAAAACAAAAGACAAAAAAAAUUUUAAAAAGGAAAAAGUGUAUAUAGUAGAACAUCUCCUUCAGUCUUGACUCGAGCAGUAGGAUUCUUUCUUUCACGUAAAUGCAGCAGGUGUCAGCAGAACUUGGAGGAGACGCGCAUAUCCGGUGCCUGAUCAUGAAAUGUCUAUUUCCUCUCCUAGAAGCAACUUGGGGCCACAGCAAGUAGUGGGGACAGACACUAAGCAGCCGCUCUAGGGCCUGUUGGCUUCUACUGCAUUGUGAUGCCUUCUGCCCUCUACCCCAGACAAGCCACUGCUCCCCACAAUCCCCUGACAACAGGCAUUUCUGUGAUCGCCCCAGUGCAGACAUGAGCCUUCUUCCUGGGUCUGGCAAUGGACUAGGGAGGGAGCAAAGUCUGAAGCAGCCCGAGUGCACAGCCAGCAGGGUCCCAGCCACCAUCUUCCUCCAGGAUGGACGGAGCUGCCUCGUCUUUAUGAACCCUGCCAAGUGUGGGGCUGCCCUGGGGGUUCUGUACAUCGGCAAGAAGUAGUUACAGUGCUAGGGUGUGGGGCUUCUGAGGUGAGGGUAAGGGUGGCAGGGCAGGAAGGGACAGGUGUGGGACUCACUUCACUUAGCUUCCUGAGCAACAGUACAGGCAGGAAGUGAUGGCUUCUGAAGAUUUGGCGUGGUCUCGGGUGUGUGACUGGCAUUGAAGCCUGACUUUCUAUCCGUGCCAGGCAGACUUCCCUGACAAGCUCCUUUGUGCCUCUAAAUGAAGGGAUGUGGAAAGGGGUUGCAUUAAAAGAUGGAGGAUUUUCUUCGUUCUUUUUUUUUCCCCUUUCUGUUCAUUUGCUGCGUGUACCCACUCUAAUAGGCACUGGAUAAAUGUUCUAUUUUGGUGACUUGACAACCUUCCAUAAUCUGAGAGAGCAGUGUCCCAGCCAUUUUCCCUCACUCCUCCAGUGUGAAGAUGGUGACAGUGCUGGGGCCUAAGAGCGAGGAGCCCAGGCACUGCAGUUCCCCUUCGGCGAGUUUGGGCCAUGGUGUCACAGUGGCUGUACAGAGGGUGGCAUGUACAGUAGGAGAUAUAUUUAUAUAAUAUAUAUUUUAUUAACCUGUUAGAUGUCCACAGAGUAUUAUAAAUCAUGUGCCUAAAACUGUCCACACAGACCCAGGCCCUCUGCGGUGCCCUCCCUGCUCCUGCCUUCCAUGUGCACCAGAGCCAUGCGCGUCUUCCUGAGGUGUUCGCUGCAGGCUGUGUCAGUUGCUCCAAGUUACUCUGUCUGACCUGACUACAUUCAUAGGAAUACUGUGGUUUUCUUCUCUGCUGCCUUUUCUGGUGGCAGUGAGUUCCAGGGCUAGCAGUUUGUCCCCUGCUUGGGUAAUGGAAGUCACCAUGGGGAACUGCUUGCUAAGCUACCUGGCCCCUAAGUCCUGCUUUAGAGUCUUCCUGGUUCUCAGCAGUUGUCCUGGGAUGCUCGAGGCUGGUGAGACUGAAAACCCCUGCUCUACAAGCAGCAUCCUCCACUGCUAACUGGCUGAGCCAAUCCAAAGGUCCCUCCCUCUCCCAGUGUCUGUGUCACAUGAUGUUUACCAUUGGACUGGGGUAGAAUCAUAGCUCUGAUCCCUGUAGCUUCCCUUCUGAUAUGUGCUUCUGCCGUGUCUUAGCACUUCUGUUUCUGCACUGACAGGAAUCCACGCUGCCAGCAAUAGAUGUAGAGGUUUGGUGGGUUUGGUGAGUUUGGUUCUUAAAAUAUUUACCAUUAGAAAUGGUCAGAACAGGGGCUGGGGAUUUAGCUCAGUGGUAGAACGCUUACCUAUGAAGCGCAAGGCCCUGGGUUCGGUCCCCAGCUCUGAAAAAAAAAAAAAAAAAAAAGAAAUGGUCAGAACAGAAAAGAUAGCUACUAGUGUCUUGAAUUGCUUAGUACAAGGGCUGGAGAGAUGGCUCAGUGGUUAAGAGCACUGACUGCUCUUCCAGAGGUCCUGAGUUCAAAUCCCAGCAACCACAUGGUGGCUCACAACCAUCUGUAAUGGGAUCUGAUGCCCUCUUCUGGUGUGUCUGAAGAGAGUGACAGUGUGCUCACAUACAUGAAAUAAAUCAUUUAAAAAAGGAAUUGCUUAGUAUAAGGAGGUGACCAUGUUCCCUGGUGUAGUUCUUAUGUCUUGAUGGUCCUGAGCAGGUCUUAAGCAGGUUUUUCUAGUCUGCGUCUAAGGGCCCAGUGCUAUCCAUUCUGAAGCUCGUGGCUUAGUGGCGUGGGCUCUGUGGCCUCAUGAGUCACUCGUGGCUAUAAAUUAGAUAAACCUUUCAGAACUCUGACUGACCUACUACAGUGGGAGGCAAAGUCUGAGUCUUGCCCUCACUGUUCUGCUUUCACUGCCUAGAAAUAGAAGCAGUUAGGAGGGUUUAGGCCAAGGCUUCAGGCAUUGCUAAGUCAUGGUGGUUUAGCUUUGCCAGCUCACUUCCCUUUGCUAUUUCAAAAAUCUGGGGCCUGGGCCAGGACCAAGGCCAGGGCCAGGGCCUCUGUGGAUCAGGAGGUCAGAAAUCUGGUAGUGAGCCAAGAACCAGACAAACUAAACUUCUUUUCUGACAGGGCUUCUCCCAGAGGAGGCACUCCAAGAGCAAGACAUUUCUUUUACCCAGUCCCUGGGCUUCACUGUUGUUGCUGCUGUCGGGAAUACGUUAGCCGUGACCCUGAGAAAGCCUUGGCCCUCUGCAUUCCCCGAGAGCUUCUGGUUCUAUGAAUCACACCAGCUUGCUGAGCCGUGCGUCCUUGGUAGGUAGGGAGGUAAGGGCAUCCCAGAACCACUGAUGAAGUGGCAUUUAGUGAUCAGGUGAUGACUGUUCAGUACAGGCUCCAUGGCUGCCACCUCCUGUUCUUAGACAGGACAUGCAGUCCACUGUCCCAGAUGAGUAGGCAUGAAGUCGCUGUCCAGCUUUUUAUGUCUUCCUGUUUUCCUGACAUCAACUGAUGGAAGAUGCCCUGAUUAUCAGACACUAGGACUAGGAUAGAGUUCUGUGUUAGUGUCCUCAGCCUUCCUAGAGCGAGCAUCCACUCUUGUGUGUCAGUGUGAUUUCCAGAACUCCCCAGCUUCCGUUAGAGUCUGUGGUACAUUUCUGGACUUUCUGGAGAGAAGCAUCCCUUCCACUCUCUUUUUCCUGCCCCAAAACAGAGCAAGCUUUUUCCACCUGCCCCUAGUUCAGUAUCUCAGAAGUCAACCAGCCUGGUCUGGCAACCUGCAGCCUAAGACAGGGUCAGAAACCAAAAGAAGGUGGUAACUUUUUGAAUCACAUGCUUCUUGGGAGUUUGCGUUUUAUCUUGUGAGUUUGAAAACUCACACAGCUCAGAAUGCCCUCCCUCUUGAGUUUUUUGCCCUUUGGGCACACUUAGUAGUUCUGAAAAGUGUGACCUUCAGGGCCCAGGUCUCCUGACCCAUCUCUAUCCCACUGGGCUUUGGUACCUGAUACUCUGGCCUCCCUAUCCCUCCAUGUAGCUUUGGUUUGCCAUCUGUCCAGCCACACCUCUUCUUGGCCUCUCCACUGUGGAGGGCCAGGAUCGCCUGUUACGGUAACCAACUCUAAAGCCAGAUUUCCCUUCUUGCUACCCAGACCUCAGACAACAGUGAGUUGUGAGCAACCAAGAUUAAACCUCAGGGUGACACAUUCCCCUGAGCAAACAGUGAAACUGCUGUGGGGACUCAGGGGCUGCUUGUCACCCAGAACACAAAGAUAUGGUUGUCUGUGUAGGCAGGUGGUGGCAGGGUCCUUCCCGACAAGGGUCUUCUGUGACAUCUUUACCCUCUACCUGGGCCCUGAGCACCAGGCACUGGAGAGUCUCCUAGGUGAGGAGGCCUGCAGACAGGCCAUGUCUCUGUGUCGUGUUUCACCUUGGCCCAGCCCACACUGACAGGAGAGCCUCAGAGCAGGGGUCCUUUUCUGGUCUUGCAGCACGGAGGUUGGAGGGCUCCUGGCAGCCACUUGCAGCAAGCAGGGCAGAUAGAGCAGAAAGGCAGAGUACACCGCGUGCUGUGCAAGGUCUUGGGCCUCUAACCUGUUUUUGCUUUUCGUUUUUAUUUUUUGAGAAAACAGUACAAUUAACAAACCUCUUUUGUAAAUGGAUUUCCUUUCUAUGUAUAAAAUCCCUGCAGUUCCUUGUUUUUACAUGUUCAUGCUGUGUAAUUUUGAGAUGUUACUGAGAUUCUGAACAUAAUGUGCAUUUUUUUCUGUACAGAUGAAAUGGGAGAAUUUAAUAAAGAGUUUGCAGGUUUGUA